UGUGUGUGUGAGAGGAGACUUCUCAGAACAAUAGAUGUAACUUCUGUUGAGUUAAUUAUUUUAAUGCCUUGUGACUUUUGACUUUUGACCUGCAGACUGCAUGACUUGAAACUUUCAUAAUGGUGAACACGUCACAGAGCUUCAUGUCGACUGACUGCUCAAGGACUUAGACCAGGUUUAUCCUCUGCGUCUUCUCCUAAAGCAGUGACGGGCUCCAGUUGAUUGGGCUCCAGCGUGAGUGUGACAGGCUCCAGUUUGAGUGUGAUUGAGCUUUCAAAAGCAGUUUGAAAAGUUAACUUCUGAUGGGGACAGAGCGGUAGACUAAAGGAGCAUGCUGAAACGUGUUGCUAAAAGCAGCUACAACCCUUACGCUACGAGUCAGAGGGUAAAGAAAGGGGACUCUAAAGGCAAGGACAAACUGGACAUUCUGCCCAACAAGCACAACGUAUGGCUGAAGCAGCUCUCCAUCCUCCAGGAGCAGCCUCGGAAAGAUGCAGGCGACAUCACUCUCUCCUCGCCUCAACCCUUUCCCUCUCCCUCUCCCUGUUCAAUUCUCACCCCGACCUCCGCUGGGGCCCCGGACCCCUCUGUGUCCUGCCCGGGUACCCCCAGCACCCAGCACGGUAAGCUGGCUGCAAUGCAAGGGGUGGCCUGCCCGUCGCCCGUGGCAACCCUGAAGAGACCGACUGCACUGAGCAGACAUGCCAGCGCCGCAGGUUUCCCGCUUCAGUCGUGGGUUUUCACUAAAGGCCAGGGAAAGGGGGCUUUGACCCCCACUACUCCGUCUGACGUUCCAGAGAGCUCGGCCAUCGAGGUCGAGGACAUCCCCGCCCUGCUGAGGGAUGUGGCACGUUUCGCAGAGGCCGUCGAGAAGCUGAAAGACGUUGUGCUGGCUGAAGGGAAGGAGAGUCGGCGGCCCGUGGCUCACGAGUGUUUGGGCGAGGUCCUACGGGUGCUGCGUCAGGUCAUCAACACUUACCCUCUGCUCAACACCGUGGAGAUCCUCACCGCUGCCGGCAAGCUCAUAUCCAAGGUCAAAGGUUUCCACUACGAGGCCUGUAACGAAGCGGACAAAAUGGACUUUGAGAAGGCGAUUGAAACCAUCGCCGUCGCUUUUAGCAGCAAUGUGUCUGAACUUCUGAUGGGUGAGGUCGACAGCAGCACGUUGCUCUCCCUGCUGCCCACUGAGAAGAGCCGGUCGAUGGAGAACUUGUACACGGCGACAGGAGCAGACGGGUCAGCAUUCAGGAGUGACCUGCACGACAUGGGCAGAGUGGAGGAGGUGGAUGUGAUCCUGCAGAGGAGCGAAGGAGGGGUGGACUCCGCUCUGCUCUACGCCAAAACCAUUUCUAAGUACAUGAAAGACCUGAUCAGCUACGUGGAGAAGAGAACGUCACUGGAGACCGAGUUCUCCAAAGGCCUCCAAAGAUUAUACCAAUCCUGCAAACACAACAUAACCCAUCCCCACAUGCCCCUCUUCUCCAUCUACUCGCUCGCUCUGGAGCAGGACCAGGAGCAGAGCGUGGGGCUGCAGCAGGCCACCACCACCCUGCACAGCCAGACCUUCAUCCAGCCUCUCAUGCAGCGUAAGCAGGAGCAUGAAAAGAAACGGAAGGAGAUCAAGGAUCAUUGGAUCCGUGCUAAAAGGAAACUGAUGGAGUGUGAAGGGAACCUCCGGAAAUCCAAGCAGGCCUACAUGGUCCGCUGUGAGGAGUACGAGAAGGCCAAAUCAGCCGCCUGCAGAGCAGAAGAAGAAGGAGGAGGGUCCACGGCCAAGUCUGUGGAGAAGAAGAAACGAGUGGAGGAAGAAGCCCGCAACAAGGCGGACGAGGCGGAGGCUACCUACCGUACUUGUAUAGCAGACGCCACGACCCAGCAGCUGGAGCUGGAGCACACAAAGGUCACGGUGCUGAGACAGCUGCAGGACCUCGUCAAACAGAGCGACCAGACGCUGCGCUCGGCGACCAUCUCGUACUACCAGCUCAUGCACAUGCAGACGGUCGCCCUGCCCGUCCACUACCAGACUCUGUGUGAGAGCAGUAAGCUGUACGACCCCGGCCGGCAGUACGCUGCCCACGUGCGAGACCUGCAGCUGCCGGAGCAGCCACAGGUCCAGUACCUGUUUGAGAACUACUCUCCAUCCAGCUCAUCACACCACGGCCACAGACCAAGGAAUGAUAGUUUCAACACGGAGCAGUCGAGCCAAGCCGACAGUCCUGCCACCAGUGUGAACACGGCGUCCGGAGACCACCGAGACGCCGAGGCUCAUCGCAAGAGGCAGGGCCACAAGUCGUGGGGAUCAACGGUGAGCGAUGACAGCGUGGGAGGAGAGGGAGGCCUCGAUUCUCCGACGGCCAGCUCAAGUGACAUUAGCAAAAUAGCUCGAACGUCAUCCACCGGAACGAUGUCGUCCAAUGAGGACGCCGAUGAAAAAGACGGGAACGUCAACUCGUUUGAAGCUCCGAGUGUCAACGGCAUGGAUCCUGACGUGGUCGUUUCCACCAGACCGUUUCGUAACGUUGGCCUGUCUAAAGCGGCGCAGACCCACCGGCUGAGGAAGCUGCGCACUCCUUCAAAGUGCCGCGAGUGUGACAGCUACGUUUACUUCCAGGGAGCAGAGUGUGAAGAGUGUUUCCUGGCGUGUCACAAACGCUGCCUGGAGACUCUGGCCAUCCAGUGCGGUCAUAAGAAGCUUCAGGGCCGCCUGCAGCUGUUCGGCAGGGAGUUCUCUCAGGUGGUCAGCUGUGCCAGCGACAGCGUCCCCUUCAUCAUCACCAAGUGUAUCUCUGAGAUCGAGAGGCGGGCGCUCAAGAUGAAGGGCAUCUACAGGGUGAACGGGGUGAAGACUCGCGUGGAGAAGCUGUGUCAGGCCUUCGAGAACGGAAAGGAGCUGGUGGAGCUGUCGCAGUGUUCGCCUCAUGACAUCAGCAACGUCCUCAAGCUUUACCUCCGACAGCUGCCCGAGCCCAUCAUGCUGUUCCGCCUGUACAACAGUCUGAUGGGUUUGGCCAAGGAGAGUCUGCAGAGUGAAGAAGACUCGACUGUGGGAGAGGGAGCCGAGUCCAGCAGCAACAGUCCAGCCACGGGCAAGGGGCCGGAGCUGGUGGAUCUGGGUCCUGACACCAACCCGGAGGUCCUGGUCCUCGUGGACAAGCUGAAGGAGCUUCUGAAGGAGCUGCCCAAGGCCAACAUUUGCACCCUACGCUACAUUAUCCGCCAUCUCCGCAGGAUCGCAGAGCUGGAGGAAGACAACAAGAUGAGUCCCAGUAACCUGGGUAUCGUCUUUGGUCCCUCCCUGAUGCGUCCUCGUCCGACGGGGGCCACCAUAUCCCUCUCCUCUCUGGUGGACUACCCCCACCAGGCCCGCAUCGUGGAGGCCAUGAUCGUCUUCUAUUCGUCCAUCUUCCAUUCCAAAACCUCUUCGUCCCACAAAGCCGUCCGCUCUGCGACUUCCUCCACGCCGCAGGAUCAAAGUGCAGAGAACAAGGAGGAGAGGAGUGCUGAUGGAGAGGAGCAGGAGGAGGACGGAGGCAAAGAGGAACAGAGUAAACCAGAGUCUGACAAAAUGGAGGAGGGAUGUGAAAGCUCAUUGGGGUCAAGCGAGCAGCUCCCUGAUUCUGACUCGGAGCUGGAGGAGAGCGGCCAGAGGACGGCUCAGUCCAGCAUGCUGGUGAAGCAGGAGAGCGUGAUCAGCAUGGACGACGAUCCACUGAGUUACGGGGACAGUUUGGACAUGUCCAGUCAGUCUGCGACCCUCACUGACCUGGAACAAGACGCCAACACGGACCCUGACCACCCGGACGCAGCAGAGCCCCCGUCACCGCCGGACAGCGGGCCGCCCGACGAUGACACCGAGGCAGAGAAGGACCUGUGCAUCUCUCUGGCAGAGUUCAACAUGAACCAGUCCAACAACAACUACCCGUCCAUCUUAAGCCUGUCGGGGCUCCCACUGUCACGUCUGUGUGGAAAGAAGUUACCGCUGACCCGAAACAGGGACAACGAGCCCGAGUUUGUCUGAUAUCUUUGACGGCGCCGCCUGAGAGUUUAGGGACACGAUUGAAAAUGUUGUAAAGGGAGAUGGCUUUCCUGUGUGCCGCUGUAUUCAUCUCUCGCCCGCAGUGGAACAUCUGUUUGCUUCCAGCUGUUUGAUGAAUCUGUCCUCGGACAGAAGUUUUCACUCGAUUGAUUAAAAAUGUAUUUGAAGUGUUUCUGUUCAAAGCUUCUCGUCUGAGUGCUGCUGGUCGUGUUUCAGCUAAAUCUUUAAUAAUAAAUUCAGCAGUUUGUUAACAUCGUCUGUAUCGCCUUGUUAUCAAUGUCUUUUAUAAACAUUUUAUUAUUAAACCAUUUUAUCAACCA